AGCCAUUUUGGCUCAAGCCCUUUGGGCUCAGGCAGUUUUGACCCCCGUCGCAGGGACGUCCGUCGGUUUGACACAUGUCCCAGUCCAGCGGCUAGUCUUCGAGGAAGGGAUGGCCGGUUUGGAGGCCAGGCGGCGGAGCGGAGGGUCUGACAUCGCGGCUGCCCUUGCGCUGGCCGCUGCGUGCCAGUUGGCGGUGGCCCACCUUGGUUACCUCUGCGUAGCCAGCUGCUUGCCGCCCGGCUUAGAGAGGUGCACGUCGCCCGCCCGCUGGCCGCAAUGGCCGCCACGGAUGGCGGCGGGGGUGGUGUUGCCUUGGAGGUCGGGUGCAAGGUGAGAGCGAAGUCGCCGGACGACGGCAGGUGGUAUCCUGGCAGGAUCAAAGAUGCGGUCGGCAGUUCUUGGUUGAUUGCCUGGGGCGAUCCAGACGGUGGGCCAGAGACGGACACGCUCUAUGAGGAGGCCAUCUAGAUGAGAACCUUUUGCUGGGACCACGCGGUGGGCGACGACUGCAAGGCCAUUUCCCAAGACGACGGCCUCUGGUACCCUGACACGGUUGCGGCGGUCCUGGGGCAGAAGAAGUUCCGCGUCAGGUGGGACGGUCUUGAUGGGGGGUCGAGCAUGCGGACGUCCAUUGCGAGAGCAUGAAAAUAGUGAAGACCAAGCGGGAUUACAGGAUUGGCGACGAGGUGUUUGCGAAGUUUCCUGAAGACUGUCUGAUGUACCUUGGCACGGUGCUCAAGAGAAACACGGACGGCACGUUUCAGGUUAGAUGGGAAAAUGUUGAUGGCGGUCCCGAGGAAUCGGUCGUGAGCGCUAAUGAUAUGAAGGUCCCGCCAAUCCCUUAUGACAAGCUCAAGGUUGGCCAGGUAUACACUGGCACCGUGACUCGCGUCGAAGAGGUUGGUGCUUUUGUUGGCGUCGGUGCCAACAGAGAGGGGCUGCUGCACGUGAGCGACAUAUUUAUGGGCAGGGUCGACGACAUCCACACGCUGCUCGAAGAGGACCAGGAAGUCAAAGUUUGGACCUGCGCCCUGGAUGAUGACAGCAAGUUUAGGUUGACCAUGAUCAUGGGUAGGAGGUAUGGUCAGGGUGGACGUCGUUUUACCAACCUCAGUGCGCUCGCAUGGGAAAUCGGUGAUGAAUGGCUUGACGGCGAGGUCGUGAGAGUCGUUCCUUGCGGUGCGUUCGUCGAUGUGAAAGUGGACGGCGUCGAGCAAGUCCGUGGCUUCGUUCACGUAUCCCACAUGUCAGAGACGUUCGUGGAAGACAUCAGCAGUGUCGUUGAGGUCGGGAAGGUGGUCCGGUUGAGGCUCGUGGACGUAAGAGGCAAGGGUGAAAAGUUGUCAUUCAGCAUGAGGAGCUCUGUCGUACCGAAUCCUGCACUGAAGACGAAGGUAGCUCCUGACUUCGGAACAUUCUUGAAAAUCGCACCGUCGACAUGGCUCAAGGGAAGGGUCAAUUGGCUUUCCCCAAAGGGCGCCUUUAUAGAACUGACGGAACCAGGUGGGCAUCGUGCCUAUCUCUAAGAUAAAGCUUGGGAAGCCCGUGAGGAACAUCAAUACAGAACUCCGCGUCGACGAAGAGGUGAAAGUGCGCGUCGUCAGCGUGGAUAUCGAAAAUAAUUUCAUGGAUCUGUCCAUGAGACCAUGGCGAGGCGAUUCCCAGUGAGGGAGGCCACCCCUCAUACAUUUCUUCCUCCGACACUUACUACAUUUACCUCCUACGGCUCGGUUUUGGUCGAGUCGCCCACCCCAGGAGCCUUGGGCCUGUGUUAUACUUGCGGCCGUCGUUGAAUUUGAAACUUGCGCGUUGGUCAACCGCUCGUAGUGUACGUUCUGUGUCUCAGGACGAGGGCGACGAAGGAAGAAGCAAACAAAGAAACAAAUCAGCGCAGUUCGUUUCUGAGUGUGUGCCCUCGCCUGAACGGAAAGCCCAAUGGACAGUUGUCUUACACGCGGGCGUUUCCCAGAGUGAAACAAGGAAUGCUUCCAGGGACGCGCGAGAAGGGGACGACUGGAGACAGGAUGGCGCGUUGCAUACAGCAUCGUUGAUGCAUGUUGUGCCUGCUCUCCUCUCCCUCCCCCUGGCUGGCGAUUGCUUCGCUGGCCGGUCAGCGCUGUCAAGAUGGCCCCGUUUUGGGGAAGUGCUCUGCGAAUCCGCAGGCGGGACCGAGAGUUCUCUCGCCACCUUGGGCGCCGCUCAA